AUGAAGAAAAUGAUUCAAAUGGACAAUGGGUUUACGCUGAAACAAUUAAACAUCAAUGGAGCGUAUCUUUACGACGUGAUCUGGGAUCGAAUGUCGCUGACGACCCUGAAGCAAGAGGAAGCGCUGGAAGCGUAUAACCGAGCACAGGUGGCCACUUUGGAACAAGAGAAGGAGGAUACAACGGUGGAAGAAGGGAAAACGAGUGAAGUGAAAGGGGAAAGGGCAAGGACGGUGGUAGAAGGAUUGACGGCGGGUAUCAAUCACUCUUGCAAACCACACGACAAUGGUUGA